CCUCUCCCUCAGACUGUGUAGCUGCUUCUUGUGGGCCUGGAUGUCGCUCCACGUGUCUGACAUCUUGGUUCCGGGCUCCGGGCCGUAGCCACAACUCGAGCCCGAGGCUGCAAAGCGAACGCUCCCAGUGUUUCCUGGAUGACUCAGAGCGAGAGUCCACAUCGCAAAAGUGCUCUCAGAGCACAGUUGUCUGUCAGCUAUCAUCAGGCAGUGCCAUGUUCCUGGGGCUCUGACACACAGAAACCCUUCCCACCAGCAUGGUGUCAAAUAUCGUUCAGAUCCAGCUCCUUCUCCUCUUUGCUGGCUCCUGCUUGGCUGGAACCAACUUCCGCGUGUCCUCGGCAAAGAUGGUGGCCACUGAGGGCUCUCCGGUGUCCCUGCAAUGUCGGUUUUCCUACCAGCAUGACAACCGGUACUUCCUGUGGUUGUACGUGCCUCCCGGUGGGGGAGGAGGCCUCAAGAAACUGCUGUACUGGGAGCCCGGCUCCCAACAGCCCAUAUACCCCGCCGGGAGCAGCGACCGUUACCUGGCCCGCAAGGACAUCCGCCGCGGGACCAUGUCCUUGCAGAUCAACCGUGCCAUGUCCAUCGACACCAGCCGCUACUUCUGCCAGAUUACCGACAACCUCUGGGACGUCAACGCCACGGACUGGUGUGGCUGCGGGAUCUCCCUCUCCGUCGAGCGCAUGCGGUCUCCCGACGUGCGGCUGCAGGCCCCUUUCCAGGGGGGGGUGGUCUGGUCAGCGAGGGCGACGCUCAUCUGCAAGGCGGUGGGGUUCUACCCCGAGAGCAUCACCUUCCGGUGGAUGGUGGACAGAAAAUCGCACUCCCUGCCCACGGAGCAGGACGGCCCCGUCAGGAGCAGCAGCGGGACCUACAGCGCCAGCAGUCAGAUACACAUCCCGCUCCCGGAGUGGGACCGGGUCGGGAGCGUUUACUGCCUGGUCACGCACGUCUCCAGAGACACACCCAUCGUCAGUGUGUUCCAGAGAAAUGCUGUUCCAGCCCCACAGCCGCCAGUCACGUUCUUGCUGCGGCCCCCCGAGACCCCCUCCGGGGACGGAGCCAGCAUCACGCUCACCUGUGGGGCCACCGGAUUCUACCCGGCAUCGGUCUCCUUCGGCUGGGAGGUGGAGGGGAGGCCGGUGACCUCAGGAGUGCGGAACGUGGAGCCGGUGAGAACCCCCGAGGGCACCUACCUCGCCAUCAGCACGCUGAACACCCCUCGAUCACUCUGGAGCUCGGGGGCUCGCUACACGUGUCUGAUCAGCCACCAGCAGCUGGAUCAGCCUGUCAGAAAGGACAUCGACGUCUACGAUUGGGAUCCGGUCAUGUGUGUCUCCUCUCCAGCCUCGCACCAAUCCUUAACAACACCAUUAACAACAGAAUCCAUGGUGAUGGACUCAACAACAGUUGUUCCAGCCCCACAGCCGCCAGUCACGUUCUUGCUGCGGCCCCCCGAGACCCCCUCCGGGGACGGAGCCAGCGUCACGCUCACCUGUGGGGCCACCGGAUUCUACCCAGCAUCGGUCUCCUUCGGCUGGGAGGUGGAGGGGAGGCCGGUGACCUCAGGAGUGCGGAACGUGGAGCCGGUGAGAACCCCCGAGGGCACCUACCUCGCCAUCAGCACGCUGAACACCCCUCGAUCACUCUGGAGCUCGGGGGCUCGCCACACGUGUCUGAUCAGCCACCAGCAGCUGGAUCAGCCCGUCAGAAAGGACAUCGACGUCUACGCCUCGCACCAAUCCUUAACAACACCAUUAACAACAGAAUCCAUGGAGAUGGACUUGACAACAGUCGUUCCAGCCCCACAGCCGCCAGUCACGUUCUUGCUGCGGCCCCCCGAGACCCCCUCCGGGGACGGAGCCAGCGUCACGCUCACCUGUGGGGCCACCGGAUUCUACCCGGCAUUGGUCUCCUUCGGCUGGGAGGUGGAGGGGAGGCUGGUGACCUCAGGAGUGCGGAACACGGAGCCGGUGAGAACCCCCGACGGCACCUACCUCGCCAUCAGCACGCUGAACACCCCUCGAUCACUCUGGAGCUCGGGGGCUCGCCACACGUGUCUGAUCAGCCACCAGCAGCUGGAUCAGCCCGUCAGAAAGGACAUCGACGUCUACGCCUCGCACCAAUCCUUAACAACACCAUUAACAACAGAAUCCAUGGAGAUGGACUUGACAACAGUCGUUCCAGCCCCACAGCCGCCAGUCACGUUCUUGCUGCAGCCCCCCGAGACCCCCUCCGGGGACGGAGCCAGCGUCACGCUCACCUGUGGGGCCACCGGAUUCUACCCGGCAUUGGUCUCCUUCGGCUGGGAGGUGGAGGGGAGGCUGGUGACCUCAGGAGUGCGGAACACGGAGCCGGUGAGAACCCCCGAGGGCACCUACCUCGCCAUCAGCACGCUGAACACCCCUCGAUCACUCUGGAGCUCGGGGGCUCGCCACACGUGUCUGAUCAGCCACCAGCAGCUGGAUCAGCCCGUCAGAAAGGACAUCGACGUCUACGCCUCGCACCAAUCCUUAACAACACCAUUAACAACAGAAUCCAUGGAGAUGGACUUGACAACAGUCGAACCCUGCCAGCCGACCUGGUAUCUCGGGAAGAUCAGCUGGCUGUGGAUUGCAGCUGCCGUGGCUGCGCUGGUGAUCUACACUAGCAUCGUGCUGUGCAUUUUCCAUGGCAUCUCGACCUGUCGGCAGAGGAAGAGAGGAUCCAGUCCAGACUCUCUCUGGGUAAACACGGACAUCCCGAUGGAGAAGAUCCCAGCAGACACUGGGAAAGGCCUGUGAACGAGCAGAGAGGUGGCGGGGAGAGAGAGAGAAAGAGAGAGAGACUCCAGCCAACAACGCGAGACCGGAGAACAUUCUCGACCCUGGACCCCGCAGCAGCUCCUGAAACUCAAACCCAAACUUCCCCGCAGCCGCCGGGUAGACGGAAUCCAGCCCACCCAGAGGGGGAUGAGGCAUGGCAGUAUCCGGAAUGCUCAGCUCUACAUGUGCAGCUUCCCCACCCCAUGUGGCUUCCUGUACCCAUCUGCGCUCCCCACACUGGGUAGAACAUCGUCGGCAGUCCUGUGGUGUGGGGGGGGGGGUGGGCAAAGGACAGACAGCAGCCCUCACGGGAACAGGCCCUUUGGCCCACAGCGCCUGUGCUAACCAAAAUACUGAAUAAAACUAAAUGC